ACGAUUGGAAUCAUGGUGAAGCAAUGGCUCAAAGAGUACAACACCGGGCUGUACGGGUUCUCCGCACCAAUCACACGACGCCGCAUCUACCGGCUCUCGACCCUCGAAAAGGCGUACAUUCCUGCUAUCAUCUCGCUUGUGCCUCUCCUUCUGAUCGCCGCCGUCAUUCUCUUCUUCGCCGGCCUCCUCGUCCUCCUCUUCCACUCCGACGUCUUCGUCUUCUCCGCCACUGCGACGUUCGUUGGGAUGCUCAUGCUUUUUAUUAUCUUCACAACGGUCAUCCCCUCGAUGGAUCCAUCAAUGUGUUACUUUUCGCCUCAAUCCAGGGCC